GUCAGAUUAGAGGGAAUGCCCUUAAUAAAUUCCCCAAUGGGAGGCAGUUUCGCUUUCCCUCAGCCUCUCGGGGCACUAGACCUACCACUCAUUGUGAAAACAAGUGUUGGUGCCAGAGGCUUCUGUGGAUUCCAAGGCUGCUUUUUCAGAGACAGGCCCAUGGAUACAGUACGGAUUGCAGUUGUGGGGGCAGGCCUGAUGGGGCUCUCUACCGCUGUGUGCAUUUCCAAACUGGUCCCACGAUGCUCCAUUACCGUCAUUUCAGACAAGUUUACUCCUGAUACCACGAGUGAUGUGGCAGCUGGAAUACUCAUUCCUCAUGCUUACCCAGACACACCCAUUCCCAAGCAGAAGCAGUGGUUUAGAGAGACAUUUGACCACCUAUUUGCAAUCGCCAAUUCUGCACAAGCUGGAGAUGCUGGUGUUUGUCUGGUGUCCGGUUGGCAGAUAUUUCGGAGCAUCCCUGCUGAAGAAGUGCCGUUCUGGGCUGACGUGGUUCUGGGAUUUCGAAAGAUGACCAAGGCUGAGUUGAAGAAAUUCCCCCAACAUGUGUUUGGUCAAGCUUUUACGACCCUGAAAUGUGAAGGCCCUGCCUACCUGCCAUGGUUGGAGAAAAGGAUCAAAAGAAGUGGGGGCCUGAUGCUCACCCAGCGGAUAGAAGACCUGUGGGAGCUUCACCCAUCCUUUGACAUCGUGGUCAACUGUUCAGGCCUUGGAAGCAGACAGCUUGCGGGAGACUCGAAGAUUUUCCCCGUGAGGGGCCAAGUGCUCAAAGUUCAGGCUCCCUGGUUGAAACAUUUUAUCCGAGAUGGGAGUGGGCUGACAUAUAUUUACCCGGGUGCAUCCGAUGUAACCCUGGGUGGAACUAGGCAAAAAGGAGACUGGAAUCUGUCCCCAGAUGCAGAAACUAGCAGAGAUAUUUUUUCCCGAUGCUGUGCUCUUGAGCCCUCCCUCCAUGGAGCCCGCAACAUGAGGGAGAAGGUGGGCUUGAGGCCCUCCAGGCCAGGCAUACGGCUGCAGAAAGAGCUCUUAGCCCGGGAGGGCCGGAGGCUGCCUGUGGUGCACCACUAUGGCCACGGGAGCGGGGGCUUCUCCAUGCACUGGGGCACUGCUCUGGAGGCCGCCCAGCUGGUGAGUGAGUGUGCCCAAGACCUCAGGACCCCCAGUCCCAAGUCAAAGCUGUAGAUGACACGAAAUGACAGCAAAUGGCCCUGCAGACUAUUGAUCAAAAUACAAUUUAAGCACCAGAACACCUUUAAAUAACUUUUCCAUUGCAUGAAAAUUUAAUUAAACAUGACUUUGCUUUCAAAAUUAGAAAUAAUGCAAUAUGUAUCAGUAGACUUAGGACUAGUACUAAUCUAAUCUAGUACUAGACUUAAGUCAGUACUAAUGACAUAGAGCAUAAAGCUCUAUUUUUGUUAAAAAUACUUGCUAUAGUGUAAGAUUUCUUUUAGAUCUGGUGUCCAGGGAUCUAUGCUAAUUUAUAUGGAUGCUGGAAGCUGUAGAGAUUUUAAUACUUUUUGGCUCAUAAAUCCACAGGAGGAAAUAAUGUAUGGAAAACACUUAACUAACUCCCUGUCAGUUGCAGAGCUGCCCAUGAUGCUCUUAGGUUGUAGUCAAAUGAACACUAUAAUCCCUCUAAAUAAAUUUACACAGUGAUCACGCAAUUCAAGCUUAUUACAUUUGAUGGAAGACAAAGCGUGAUUCCUGCUAAUCCUAGUGGCAAUCUCUUCCUCCCUUUGGCUGGUAAUGAUCGUAGAAGAAAGGGAUGAAGUUGCCUACAGAAGUGGCAUCAACUCAAUAGCUGUCUGGGGUCAAUCACCUAAGGGGCGUACUUUCCAUUACCACAAAUGACUGAGAGCUGGCUUGUUGGAUGGUUGACUUCGCCCAAGCAUUUUUCAGGAUUGAAUAGCUUGUGUAGCCAAAGAGCUAAUUUGCUAAUUAAAACAGAACAAUCAUUCUAAAUGAAA